UAUUAUGAUAGUUUUGCUUUGAAACGAAAACACAACACAACACUGAGAUAAUGGCUGCACAAACUCAAGCCAGUUCAGAGCAAGCUUCAACAAAGUUGAAAUGUCACUUGUAUCCAGUCCUGACCCCCCUGGCACCAAAGGUUGUCUUCAAGCUCUGUGCUAGUUACCAUGGAAGGAAUCUAGAGCUGGACAUGACCGAGCCUUCACUGGAUGUCUACACUCUGGUGGCCAUUAAGAGCAAGAUUCAAGAGGCUUUCCAUAUCAAAGAUAUUCAACUGACCUACUUGGACGAAGAUAGCGACAACAUUUCCAUUGACACCCAAGAGGAGUUUGUGGAGGCACUAAAGGUGGGCAAGAAGAUUAGCAAGCUUCAACUCUCUGUUACAGGAAAGGACUACAACGACUAUGUGGAGGGCAUCCACCAGAAGUUGUCUGGAGGUGGUGACCCUGAGCCAAUGGAUGUGGGACAGACCCCGUCUCCUGACAGCUCCUCUGUGUUCAUUCCAGAGCUCCCAGCUGAGAUCAAGUACCCACCCUCUAUCCAGCCACGCCCCCCUAGUCACGAACGACCAGGCCACUAUGUACAAAUUGCUCACAACCUGGGUGCAGAACGACGUACUUGUAGGUCCCAUAACAACCCUUACGUUGCUAGCUACAACGCUCGAUUCAAGAAGGGAAAAUCCCCACCCACAUCCCCCAAUCCAUAUGUGGAGUCCCUCCACAAAAAGCUUACGUCAUCAAUUGACCCUGUCGAACCCAUGGAAACUGCUCCGAUCGCGAGUGCAGUUUUUGCAAGCCAGCCUAAUUCGUAUGUUGAGUCACUGCACACGAAGCUCUCUCCCGCCACCAAACAUCGUGUUACCCGUGUCAGCAACAAACCUAGGGGAGAUUCUGACAAGCAAACCACUGAGAAACAUCCAAACAGCUAUGUUGAGUCACUGCACACAAAGCUCUCGCCUGCCACCAAACAUCGUGUCAAUAGCGAACCUACAUGUAAAGGAGAUUCUGACAAGCAAAGCACUAAGAAACUUCCAAACAGCUAUGUUGAGUCACUGCACACGAAGCUGCUUUCACCCGCCACCAAACAUCGUGUUACCCGGGUCAAUAGCGAACCUAAAGGAGAUUCUGACAAAAAAGACACCAAACAAGGUGUCAACAGCGAACCUAAAGCAGAUUCUGACAAGCAAAGCACUAAGAAACAUCCAAACAGCUAUGUUGAGUCACUGCACUCGAAGCUGCUCUCGCCCCCCACCAAUCGUGUUACCCGAGUCAAUAGCGAACCUAAAGGAGUUUCUGACAAAAAAACCGAGAAACUUCCGAACAGCUAUGUCGAGUCACUGCAUGCAAAAUUGUUGGCUCCAGCAAAAUCUCUCCCAGAAGGAAGCCAGACUACUCGUGCUCAGAAGGACAGUGUGGAACGUGGGACUCGGUACAGGAAUGAGUAUGUUGAGGGUCUCCAUGCCAAACUGUCUGGGAGGAGGUGUGGUCAUAAGCACCGAGAUAAGAAGAGAAAGUUGAUCAACAAGAAGGAGUCUCACGCCAUUACGACAGAGUUACAGCGUGGUCUUACUGAUAUGCUGUCUGAAGGAAAGAGGUGUGGUCGUGGAAAGCAAUACAUCCACUACAACGUCAUCUGUGAUGCAUGCCAAAAUCCAGUAGUUGGCAAUCGCUUCAAGUGCGGCAACUGUGCCGACUAUGACCUGUGUGAGUGGUGUGAGCCUAACUCCGGCAGCAUUCACCCGAGGGACCAUUUAUUCCUCAAGAUCAAGAUCCCCGGGCCCAGGAUAGGAGUGGGCAGGGACGCAAAGCCACGUCCUCUGCUCAAGAGAAACGUGUACACUCAUCAGCGAAGCAGUGACACAGUAUUGAGCGAUGAAGUCAAACAUGAGGCCAAGCAACCCAAGUGCUGCCCUCCCCCUCCAGUGAGGGAGCCCCUCUCAUCAGGCACCACUAACGAGCCCACUGCCAUGACAGCUGGCUACGUCACUCGCCCCAGGAACAAACUUAUUGAGGAAGUGGCCGCCAGCAAACUACGCCGCAAGGAGGAGAAGAAAAGAGUAAAGAUGGAGGCAAAGAUGGAGAAGCUUCAAGGACGACUGGCCGCUGUGAAGGUCGACAAUGACGAAGAGAUGACUGUUAAAGGGCAUGGAAAGUACCUUGACUGCCAGUUCCUGACAGACACCAGUUACCCUGACGACAGUGUGGUACCCUUCAAGACACCUUUUGAGAAGGGUUGGCUUGUGAUGAACUGUGGUACUAAGAAAUGGAAGCACGUGAAGCUGGUCCACCAAGAUGGCUACCCUCCCCUUCAACGUGAGCUGGCCGUCCCAGAGCUCAAGCCGGGAGAGAGGGUGGAGCUUGUUGCCGAGUACCCACCCGUCAUAGACAACGCCCUCCCAUACAUUCAGAGCUGUUGGCGUCUUGUACACAAGGAGACUACACCAUUCGGCCCUGUCCUCUGGUUGUCUGUAGCAGUUGACCAGCCCCCCACCCCCCUCCCAACUGUCACACCCUCACAGCCCCCUGUCAAGGCACCCCUGACAAACGAUAAUCUGCUCAGGUCCAUCGGGUUCAUUCCGAGUGGUGACUGCUCCGUGACCUCUGUGACCUUUGGUGUCCCACCACCAGAUGUCCAGGACAACACUACAACAAGCUUUCAGAUUGCUGGCUCAAUCUCUCUGCCAAUGGAUGAUGAAGGUCUGACAGAGAGCUUUGAUAUGGUGGAUACCCCUCAAAGCAAUGACAGCUUCCAACAUGUACCACCCUACACCCAGACUGAGGAGGACCUGCUUGAGACGGCCAGUGUCAGCUCUGCUGAUUCAGACGAUUUCUUUGUCGUCAUACCGGACUGUUUCGAUGUCAGCAAGCCACUCCCAGGCUACACACCGCCUGUCAUUCAACCCCAGUAUCCUGUUCCACCACCGAUUUUGUCACAUGAUGUCAUGACCAGGUCAUCUGACAGUCACAUAACCUCGUCCAUUGUUGAAGAGCCGAAACCCACCCUCACAAACUCCACACCCUCACAGACCACACCCCCUACGGCUCGUCGUGAGUACGUACCUCAGCGAGUCACACUCAAGAACGUGAGGGACGCUCGUAUGUAUCGUCGACCUUUCACCGUUGCCACCGGACUUGUGAACACCAUGUCAGACUUGGUGAGCAGGAAAGUGAAAAUAGCUCCACCCAGAAAGCCGGAAGAAGUGGGUGUGGUCAACAGCAUGGAGGAAGACAGCAGUAGUGACGAGGAAUUCGAGGAUGCUCCCGAGCCUCCCACCACUGCCCCUCCCCCUCAGCCGUGGAAGAGCCAGCAGAUGCCGAGCGUAUCCCACCUCCUACCAGGACAUAACUCCGCUCAGUGGGCGCACAGUGAUGAGGAUGGAGCCAAGUGGGUCCAGUCACCUGAUGUCUCCCACCUCAUCCCUCAGCGCUGGGACGGACCCAAAGCCCCCAGCUCCCCGAUGGAGAAGCUCAUCUCAAUGGGGUUUGCUGACAGGGCUUUCAACGAACAAAUCCUGGCCAAACACAACAAUGACAUCUCCAUGGUCCUCAACGAGUUGUUGGAUGGUUACCAAGUAGACGUCUGAGCUGAAACAAUUCGUGAACUCAUUUAAAAAAAAAAAAAUGUUUGUGUUGUGUUAACUAUAGCGCUAUAGCCUCCAAGAACUAUCGAUGUAUUUUAUACAAUUAUUUUAUACAUACUGUACAUGUAUAUAAUUAUAAUCAAGUGUAAUUAAAUUUCGAGAUAAUUCCAAAUUUUA